ACAAGUCCGCUCAAACCUGUCUGAAGUUUUCCACUUCCAAGCCUGUAUGAGACGAGGAAGAAGGCAGCCUCUGUGCUGAGGGCUCCGGAUAGAGGCGAUGACUGCUUCCCCUCACAUCUGUCAUCUCCAUAGCUGAAGUGGAGGAGGUCCAGACUGCCAGGUACAGAGCAGACAGGUGCCUGGCUCCUCACCUCACUCAGAAGGAAGCUGGUGUUGAGAUGGUACCUCCAAGGCAGGAGCAUCUUCAAUAGUCAUAGUGGGGUAUCUGGGCAGGGAGCAUGCAGAGGUCACCCUUACCUUUCUCCUGGUCACUCUGGCUCUCCUGCUGCUCCCUCAUGCUGCUGCCCAUGGCACAGGGGACAUUGGUGGAAAGCAGCAGAAGAGCAAACAUGGACAGUGGCUUCUUGUACAGGCGUCUGAAGAACCACGAGAAGAGGGAGAUGCAGAAAGAGAUCCUCUCCAUCCUAGGUCUGCCCCAUAGACCUAGACCCCUGCAUGGACUCAGCUCUGCACAGCAGCCUGGGAGACUGAACUCUGCCCCCCUCUUCAUGCUGGACCUGUAUAAUGCCAUGUCUGGUCAGGAGCAAGCCAUGGACAUGAAGGGCUGGUCACACAGAAGCCCCCAUAGUCAUCAGGUGAAGAGUCUGCUGAGCAGCCCCCUGACCAGCCAGCAGGACAGUGCUUUCCUCAAUGAUGCUGACAUGGUCAUGAGCUUUGUUAACCUGGUUGAGUAUGACAAGGAGCUUUCACCUCGCCUAAGACAUCAUAAGGAAUUCAAGUUUAAUUUAUCUCAGAUUCCUGAGGGAGAAGCCGUGACAGCUGCAGAAUUCCGAAUAUACAAGGACUGUGUUCUGGGCAGCUUUGAGAAUCAGACUUUUUUCAUCAGCAUUUAUCAAGUAUUAACAGAGCACCGAAACAGGGAGACUGAUGUUUUUCUCCUGGAUACCCAGACAGUGUGGGCUUCUGAAGAAGGAUGGCUGGAGUUUGAUAUUACUGCAACCAGCAACUUAUGGGUAAUGAAUCCUCGACACAAUCUUGGACUGCAGCUUAGCGUGGAGACCAGAGAUGGUCAAAAUGUAAACACAAAAGCCGCAGGUUUGGUUGGCAGAGAUGGCCCAUAUGACAAGCAGCCAUUCAUGGUCGCUUUUUUUAAAGCAAGCGAGGUUCACCUGAGGACAGCUAGAUCUGCAACAAGCAACCGCAAGAACCAGAAUCGUAACCGCUACUCUCAUUCUCAAGAUGUAUCCAGAGUUUCCAGUGUAACAGAUUACAACAGCAGUGACCUUAAAACAGCCUGUCGGAAACAUGAGUUGUAUGUCAGUUUUCAAGACUUGGGUUGGCAGGACUGGAUAAUAGCACCAAAAGGCUAUGCUGCUAACUAUUGUGGAGGAGAAUGCUCAUUUCCACUGAAUGCUCACAUGAAUGCCACAAACCAUGCUAUUGUGCAAACCCUGGUCCACCUUAUGAAUCCAGAGUAUGUCCCAAAGCCAUGCUGCGCCCCAACCAAGUUAAAUGCCAUAUCAGUGCUUUAUUUUGAUGACAACUCCAAUGUCAUACUAAAGAAAUACAGGAACAUGGUCGUAAGAGCUUGUGGCUGCCAUUAAAAACGGGAUCUGGCCAUUUCAAGGAGUCAUCAAGUGAGAGAAGAUCAUCCAGUUAUAUCACUUUCACUUGAUUGCAUAUUGCUGAUAGUGACUGAAGCAUUCAGCAAGAGCAUUAUCGAUGCUUAUUUAUAAAGAUGCCAGUUAUGUGUAUUACUUGUACCCACAGGAUGGUCAUUUCACUUCAGAGUUGGACAUAUGGAAUCUUCCAAAAUGAAAUUUUGCAAAUUCAUUAUCGUUAGCUUGGAUCAAGCUGUGUUUCAAUUUAAAAUAAAUAAUAUAUGUAUUAAG